CUGACAGUUACUCUUCUUCUCGCUCUUUUUAAUUUGAAUCAUGAAAUCGGCCCUGCCGUGGUGACGUCAGAGCACUUCCUGUCUCCACCCGUUCGCAGCCAUGAUGCAGGAAGGGCUGGACGACGGACCCGACUUCCUCUCCGAGGAGGACCGGGGACCCCGGGCCGUGAACGUGGACCUGCAGACAGACGCCACGUUGCAGGUGGACAUCUCUGACGCUCUGAGUGAGAGAGACAAGGUCAAGUUCACCGUCCACACCAAGAGCACGCUCCCUAACUUUAAGCAGAACGAGUUCUCAGUGGUCCGACAGCAUGAAGAGUUCAUCUGGCUGCACGACUCAUUUGUUGAGAACGAAGACUACGCAGGAUACAUUAUCCCGCCCGCCCCCCCCAGACCAGACUUUGAUGCUUCCAGAGAGAAGCUGCAGAAGCUGGGGGAGGGAGAAGGAUCCAUGACCAAGGAGGAGUUCACCAAGAUGAAGCAGGAGCUGGAGGCAGAGUACCUCGCCAUCUUCAAGAAGACUGUCGCCAUGCACGAGGUCUUCCUGUGUCGCGUGGCGGCUCAUCCUGUCCUCAGGAAGGACCUCAACUUCCACGUCUUCCUGGAGUACAACCAGGAUCUGAGUGUACGAGGAAAGAACAAGAAGGAGAAGCUGGAGGACUUCUUCAAGAAUGUGGUGAAGUCAGCAGAUGGCGUCCUGGUGGCCGGAGUCAAGGACGUGGAUGACUUCUUUGAGCACGAGAAGACGUUCCUGUUAGAAUAUCACAACAGAGUCAAAGACGCUUCGGCCAAAUCUGACAGAAUGAUCCGUUCACACAAAAACGCUGCUGAUGACAUCAACAGAAUCGCCUCGUCUCUCUACACAUUAGGAACACAGGACUCCACAGACGUCUGCAAGUUCUUCCUGAAAGUGUCGGAGCUCUUUGAGAAGACGAGGAAGAUUGAGGCUCGUGUGGCAGCAGAUGAAGACCUGAAACUGGCCGACCUGCUCAAAUAUUACCUGAGAGAGUCUCAGGCUGCAAAGGACCUGCUGUACCGGAGGAGCCGGUCUCUGGUGGACUACGAGAAUGCUAACAAGGCUCUGGAUAAAGCUCGAGCCAAGAACAGAGACGUCCUGCAGGCCGAGACCAGCCAGCAGCUCUGCUGCCACAAGUUUGAGAAGAUCUCCGAGUCCGCCAAGCAAGAGCUCAUCGACUUCAAGACGAGACGAGUGGCAGCGUUCAGGAAGAACCUGGUGGAGCUGGCAGAGCUGGAGCUCAAACACGCCAAGGGUAAUCUCCAGCUGCUGCAGAGCUGUCUGGGCGUCCUCAAAGGGAACACUUAACUCUUUGAUCCCAUCUGCAAAUAACUGGACACGCCCCCCGCCACAACCCCGCCCACAUUAAACUAGGCACGCCCGCCACAGGGCGGAGCCCAGGCGGACGGACAAACGACACCAAGAACAGUAGAGAGCGAGGGAGAGAGAGAGAGAGAGAGAGAGCUGAGGGUUAAAGACAGGAAGUCUGUCAUCUUCAUCACUAACCUGACACCAUCCUCUUCAUCUCCUUCAUCCUCCUCUUCCUCUCUCUGUCUCAACAGCACCUGGACUGGUUCUACUGGUCCAGCAGUGUGUCCUGAGCGACAUUCACAUGAGAUUAUUGAUUAUUAAACACUUGAUGACUCCUGGUUCUGAUCAGACUCUCCUGUCAACAGCUUCUGAUACUCGAUCAAUAUGAGAUCAGGUCAGUCGUGACACAGAUCCAGGUGUUGUUUCUGACCUCUGGUCCACACAGACACAGCAGCGUCUCACUUCACAACAUUCAUAGUUGACUCUAAAUGUGCUAACCAGUUAGCUCCAGCCCGUCCCAGUCCAACACUCCCUGGUCCCUGAACUGCCAGUCUGGACCGCUACUGGCCCAUGUGAACCAGGUGGGUCCUCCUCCAGUCCUGCAGGAGGCGCUGCAGCACUUGAAGCUGAACUGACACAAACACCAGAAGAACAUGCAGUUUAGCUACAAUGACAGUUAAGCCAGCAUUAGCCUACAGCUAUCAUACAGCUAAACACAUGAAGGAACCCUGACAUCUGAUCCAGAACCAGAAACAUGUGAACGUCUCUCAGGAGGUCGUCCUGGUCCCAGUCUGCUGGUCCUAGUCUGACCAGGACUUGUUCUUCUGUCUGUUAUUGAGUCACAAAGUGAAAACUUUUCACCCUGUUUCAGUUUUGAAUCCACUGAAGCUUUUUGGAUUCCCACUGAAGUCUUGAUGAAGAACUUCAGUGAAACAAGUGUGUCAAAUAUUUUUCCUCAUUUUAUGUUAGUUUGUAGAAAAUGAGUCAGAUUGAGGUCACAGGACACAAGGAGACAAGUACAGAUGGUUUUAUUUCACUUUGAACAAAAUCACACGUUCAGGACUCAAAAACAGACAGAAAACCAGGUCAACAGGGACGGACCAGCCCGGUCCUGAUGGACCAGCCCGGUCCUGAUGGUGUUCGUCUGUCCGUCUCUUCAUUUUUUUCUUUGCUGCUUCAGCCGUCGUCAGCGAGUCAUUCUGUCUCAUCUUCCUCCUCCACUGUUAUCGUAUUGUGUGUGUGUGUGUGUGUGUGUGUGUGUGCGCGCGUGUGUGUGUGUGUGCGCGGGGUGAUUUUAUUGUCUGGGUCAGCUUCUGGUUCUGCUGCUCUGUGAUGGCGUCCAGCUCUCGGUCGGUUCCUGUUCUUAUUAAAGUGUGACGUCGCUAAAUGAAA